UACCAGCAGUAGGCAUUUUCACAUAGGGUUGCUGACAUAAUAAAAUGUAGGGCAAUAGUGUGAACUUUCAGCAUUUAGUUAGAAUCUCUUUACACUGGCAGGCCUAACUUUGAAAAUACAGUAAGGUCUUCACCCCAACUCCCAUAGAUUUAAAAUGGCUGACAUGAGCUGGAAGACCAUGGACCGUGGUAUCAUGGACUGGCUGGACAGCAAAAGAGCCAAAAUCUUGAGAGUCUCCAAUGACAGGGAGUCAUUUCAGCUGAAGAAGAUUCGGAGAUCACUCGACACUAUGAAGAGCAUGAAUGAUACUCUAAUGAAGCAGGAAGAAAGAAAAGCAAAGAGAUGGCUAGUAAAGCAAGCUGAAUUAUUACCAGCACCAUCAUAUAAGAACUUAUGUAAGAUGCCAUCCAGUAAAAUGACCCCAGAGGCAAACCAAGCCAUUCAACAGGUUUCUGGGAGACAAUCUACUGAAACUCCAUGUAGCCAGUUUGGUGACCAUCUGGCUAACUUUGUCAGCUUUCUGCGACGUCCAACAAAAAGAACAGACACAAAACACUCCAAAGAUGUAAUUCCUUUCAGCAGAACUGACCUAUCCUUAAAGACAGUUUCAGCAAAAAAUUCUUACGGCCCCCAAGUCACCUCUUACAAUAUGCAUCCUACAGCUAGCAUUUCCAAGAAGGGUAGCAGUGCCAGACGACUUAACAUGGAAAACAACAACUUAUCCACACGAGAUGCAAUCUCAAGGUUUCCAUCUUUGCAAAAGUUAUCGGUAACAGGAGACAAGCUCUCUUUUUCUAAACUUGCUCUGCAUGACCCAUUCUAUGGAUCCCCAGCAGCUGAGAAGAGAAUGAAAAGUAUCUUCGAAAGCCCUUGGCAGGAGGAGAGACUCAAGCAGACAGUGACACUACCACAGAUCAGACCUGAAGAAUUUUUGAGCUGCAGAUACCUCCGUUUGUCACAAAGCAAUAUUAACACCUUGCUACAGCUGUGUAAGGAAUCAGGAGUUCAUAUGGAGAUUCACCCACAUAUGAAGGAAUCUGAAAUCAACAUCAAUACUGUUCUCUCUUCAAACCUCAGUACAGCACUGUAGAGCUUUAAUUCUCUCACCAAACAUUUACCAUCAUUAGAUCAGCCUUUAAUUAUGUAAAGUUAUGACAACAGCAUGUUAAAUCAAUUCCCAUCUGUUUUCACCCUUGAAAGCACCUAAUGUUUUGAUUUUUUUAAAAAGGAGAGAUCACUCCUCAGUUCUUUAUGAUAAGACUUUGUAAUAAUUUCUUUAAAUAGGAUGAGGAGCUGAUAAAAGAUUUGGUAAACAAUAUUUUUAUGAACCAAACAACUCUUAACUACCACAUUGUGAAAAUUAAUUUAUCAAAAAAAGAUAACUAAUUGGAUAGUGUUAUCUGAAUAAUCAAAAAUUAGAUCCACUUACUGUAAUGUUGUAUUCUACUUUACCCCAUCAGCUCAGACUUCAGGCUAACUGGUUGGCAUUAGAGCUACUCAUCUCCUGUUACUGGCACUCAUAUCCCUAACGACUCACUGGUCAUAAAUAAAACUGUAUUAGCAACAUCAAGCCAUAAGAGGGAACCCUAAAGAUAACUGUUUAACCUAACCACCUCAAAGGCAGCACAACAUGCUUAUGGCCUGAUCAAAAGAGCUGAGUACAUUCUACAACCUACUUCACAUGCAGGUUUUGUCUAGUUAGGCAGACUGAGAUUUUUUUUUUUUUAUAGUGUUUCUGUUUUUAGUAUCCCUCCUCUUCAGACUGGUAAGAUGAGAUACAAGAGCCAUGUUAUAUAUAUUCAAUUUUCUACUUAUUCCAAACAAAAUCCAGUUUUACCUCCUACAGUUAAAAUAUUUUUAACUCUACAAAUAUGCAUCAAAGGAGAUUUUUAAAAAAAUCAUCUUUAAAACCAUGCUCUGGUUUUGGCAGCAUUGUCUUUCUGACCAAGGGCUUGAUCAUGAAAUACCCUUUAUCUCCAGGGGACUCCAAUAGGAAUGGCAAUUCAGCACCAUACAGGAGUAGGCCCUAUAGCUCUGUCUAACUCAUAACAUGCUUCAUGGGCUUGCUAUAGCAGCUGCUCCAUCCCCUUUGGGGCAGAUCCUAGCCUUUCUAUAUAGGGCUAGUACUGAUUAAGCACUUUUAACCAAGCACACUCAAAAACUGAUCCUCUGCCUAUUUAUGCUCAAGUGAUAUAGGUGCCCAAGUCCCAAUAACUUUCAAUGGGCCUUUCAGGUUGCAGAAAAUUCCAUUCAGAAUUCAAAAAAAGUCAUAUUGAAUGUGGGAUCAUAAUACUGAGAGAAAAAAAAUGCAGGAUAGGAAUGCUCAGUGAGCAUUUUAGCUUAGUAUGAGGUUAUCCAAUUUGGCUGCAGACAGGCUCAUAACUAGACUGUGUCUAAAAUGAAGACAGUGGAAUUAUUACAGAAAACUGUAAUUGCUUUUGAUUCAUCUUUUUGAAGGUGUAAAAAUCUGAACUUUUUUGAACUUCUGAACUUUUUGCAUCUGAACACUAUUUAUGGCUUGGCAAAAGAUACAGUCCCUGUUGAUAAUAUAUGCAAAAGUGCCCCUUUCCAAUCUUCAGUACUUACAUUAGAAUGACAUAUUAACAUUUCUGCUCCUUCUGACCCAUUCCCAACAUGUAAAACAUAAGUAUUAAAUUUUGUGGGUGAGCAGAUGAGAUAGAUUCCACAUUUAAUAACUACAGCCUGAUUUUUAUACCAGUUCUUCAUUAUAUAUCAAUCAGGCAUAACACCACUGAAGUCAAUGAGUUUACAUCAGCAUGUAAAAGAAUCAGAAUCAGUCUAUACAGUCACAGACAAAUGGAAAAUCUGCUCCCUAGAAUUUACAAAACAAUGGCCGUGUCUACACAAAAGGCUGACUGUGCAGUAGCCUGAAACUAUUGCACAGUAGCAUUGCAUGGUAGAAACCAUGACAUGAUGUGACACUACUGUGCAGUAGUCUCAGGCUACUACGGCACAAAAAAGCCAUUCAUCAGCCCUACCGUACAGUAACUGUGCAGUAUAAACAAGUACUAACUUACUGUGCAGACAGCAUCUCAUGUAGACACGGGCAAUAUGUCCUACUCUAGCAACUUGGUAGUAGGUUUUAAUUUGGUGAGCAUGCUGCAAAUGGUUCUAAGUUACAUAUGUUACAAUUUUUCCUCGCUGAAAUGUUAUGAUUUUAUAAAGCAAAACGCAUAUUACUUUUAGUAAAAUAAGAUUUCCAUUCAUUAUAAGAAUUAAAAAAUCACAGUUACAAAGCUCACUGUUAAAAUGUUGCUCAGCUUCUCCAGCUCCAAGCUUAUUCAGGCAGACAUCUUAUCCUUGUUCAAUGCCUAAUUCUAACUGUGGGAUGGGUGGUAUACCAAUAUAAACAUUUAACAACAAACAACAGUGGUUAAGGAUUCCUUAUAUUAAACAGAGUGAAGGACACAAUUUUCAAACUGGUCCUUCAUUCUUAUGGGUGCAAUUCUGGAUGUACCAGAGAUUGACAGCAUAUUUUAUAUUUACAGUGAACACGCAGGACAAUCAGUGAAUGAAUGAAAUAAAGGGAAAAACUGAGGGCAACAGAAUUGGUCAGAAACUUAAAAGAGUUUCUUGUUUGCAGGAAAUUUCAAUAUCUGAAACAUUUUCAUUCCCAGUUGAAUUUUUUUUUUAAAUGUGUCACAAAGCUGAAUUUUCUUGACAGAAUUCCAAAAUGUCUCAUUUGGAAUCUUUUUUUAUUCUUAUAUUAGGUCAGACAGGUAAAUGGUAGCAAUAGCAUAACAUAUGACACACAGAAGUAUUGUACAUCAGACACAUGAAGUAACCUUUCUGCUCUAUGCAGCACUUAUGAGGCUUCAGGAGGAGUCCAUUUUUGGGCACUAAACUUCAAGAAAGUUGUCAACCAACUGAAGAGAGUUCAGAGGAAAGGAACAAAUAUUACUCAAAGUCCAAAAACCAUGAUUUUACGACUUGGGUUUGUUUAGUUUGGAGGAGACAUGACUGAGGGGACAUACAAGUCUGAAAAUAUAUAAAAGGAGGAAUGCCUAAACUGUUCUCUAUGUCUGUUGGGAAUAGGACAAGUAAUAAUGAAUUUAAACUGCCAUAAGGGAUAUUUAGCUUAUAUAUUCGGGGGGAAAUCUUUCUAAUAAUAAGAACCAUUAAGCAUUAGAACAGAUUAUCUAAGGAAUUUGUGAAGGUUUUAAGAAAAGGUGAAACAAAUAUCUACAAGGAAUUAUAUAAGUACAGCAAUUUUGCAUUAAGAGCAAGAGACUGGCUUAGGUAACCCUGUCAAAGUCUAUUCCAUUUCCAUGAAUCUGUAACUUAAUAGCAGGACUAUUCUAUCAUUUUUAGUUUACUUAUUUCAUUGUAUUUUUGAAAUCAUUAGGAACAACUGCUACUCAGUACUGAUGGAAACACCCGUCUCUUCUAAGUCAGAAAGUCUCCCAUUUGCUACACAA